GCCAUUUAACUGUAUGUACUCUGGGUGAGAGCGCAUGUCUUUGGGGCGUGAGCUCUGAGUGCAAACAAAACCAUCCACCUGAUAUAUUUUACAGAAUACAAGUCUCCAACUCUAAGAGCUGUGCAACCAGUACAGUGCUAUGGAGAGGAAAGCUCAAGCCAUAAAAGACUGCAUACUGAAGCAGCCUGUUUGGAAAAAGGAGAAUCUUCAUCCCAAAACAUGGUUAAAAUCAGACCAUGUCAAAGGUUUUACUGAAUUCAUACUGCCAAAGGACAUUGCAGAAGAUGGUGGUUAUGACUGUAAGGAAAUGUUGUUGGAGGUUGAGAAAGACUUCAUAGAAGCAGCAAAGAGAAACGACGUGGAGGGCAUGAAGCUUCUCGGGAGAGGCGUUAAUGUCAACUCCAAGAAUGUGCACGGUCGUACUGCUCUUCAUUAUGCUGUGGCCUUCAGAAAUGUGGAAGCUGUUGAUGUGCUCCUUCGAAGGAGAGCCAAACUAGAUUUGCAAGAUAAGCAUGGACUGACUGCUGUUCACUUAGCAGCAUGGUUUGGGAGUUUGGAGAGCCUCAAGUUACUUGUGCAAGCUGGAGCUGACCAAAGCAUUGAAAAUACGGAGGGUCUGAACAUGAUGCACUGCGCUGCCAUGAACAAUCACACUGAUAUUGUAGCUUACAUUGUUGAUGACUUGCAAAUGGGAGAACUUGACAAAGAAGACCAAUAUGGUAAUAGACUUUUUGCCAUGGCCGCGGCACACGGCUGUGUUCGCAUGCUACAGAUGCUGAUGGAGGAGCCUUACAACAUGGCCACCAUGGAGGAAAAUGAGGUUAAUUUAUUACAUCCUUCAGUUUCCAAAAAUGGUCAAUGUGAAGCACUGCAGUUACUUCUAGACAACUUUAACAUUCGCAAUGAGGUCAACCAGGCAGGACAGACCGCUCUGUAUCUGGCUGCAGAUGGAGCUCAUGAGGACUGUGUACAAGCCCUGCUGGAGGCACAGUGUGACCCAAACAUCUUCACCUUAAGCAGAAGCAGUCCUCUGCAUCCAGUCUGUGAGAGGGGCCACUUUCCUAUUGUCAAACUCCUCAUCAAUAGUGGAGCCCAAAUGAAUGCUCAGAACCAGCAAUUGCACACUCCAUUUCAUCUGGCAGUGAAGAACUGUCAUAUUCCAGUAAUCCACACCUUACUUGAGGCUGGCUGUGAUCCAAACGUAAAGGAUCAUAUGGGGCAGACUGCACUCCAAAUCGCCGCUGAGAUGGGAAAGGUGGAUGUGGUGGAGAUGAUUCUGAAAGCUGGGGUGGAUCUAGAGAUUCAGGACAGGCAAAAUAAAACCGCUCUUGGAGUGGCAGCGAGGGGAAAUAUGGUGAUUAUUGCGGACAUGAUCAUCAAAGCUGAGAGAUAUUUCAGAUGGAAGCACGAUUUUCAAAUGACUAAUACAGAUGCUAUUGAGAGCCUGCACAGCGAAUCACCACUGACGUUUAAAUUAGAUCACUCUCCUGACACAAAGCCGGUGCGCGAUAUAAUAUGGGACCUCGCAUACAAACACCUCAAGCGCAAUGACUGGAAGAAGUUGGCGGAGUUCUGGGAGUUCACAGAUGAUCAGGUGGCUGCCAUCGAGGAGCAGUGGACAGGUCCUAACAGUUUCCAAGAGCAUGGGAACAGGAUGCUUCUGAUCUGGCUUCAUGGAAUCAUGAUAGAAGGGAGCAGCCCAGCCAAAGGCCUGUAUGAAGCACUGCUUUCUGUUGGGAUUACAAAGAUUGCUGAAAAAAUAAGAAUGGAAGGAACAAACAGUGAUACACGGAAAUGCACAGUUUCAUGAAUUCAAGAUGCUACAAAGACUGCUAUGAACUAAAAACAGCACUUUAAUUUCUAAUUGAUCCAACAAUUAACUUUAGUACCACCUGUGGAUUAAGGUACAGUACAAACUAAUACAGUAGCUGACUGAUCUGAAACAAUGAAUCAGAAAAGUGUUGCAGAUUUUGAUUAUGACUUUGUAAAACAUUAUAAAGUAAAUGGUGAUAAACAACUUUAAUAAAUUAAAGAAACCACAUCAUGUAAUAAAUAAUGAUUCUUCAA